GAAGGAGAAGUGUGCGUGCGUGACGCUGACGCUUGCCCUACUGCAUUAUUUUUAGAAUUUGAGUAUUUAUCCAUUUACAAAAGUUUUGUUGAGUUUUAUUAUACAAAGGAAAAAUGGCGGAAUUAGAUAUUUUAUGGUGUGACUCAGACGAGGGCGAUCUCGGUGAAGAAGAGGAAGAAAAAUUUUCACAUAAUAAUGUUGAGGAGGAUAUGCAGGGGGACUUCGAUAACUCCAAUGAGGUUAUCCUACUGGCCAUGUUUGAUGAACAUGGACAGCAGUUGGAGUGUCCAAGUCUCCCUUUAGGACCCGCACCUUCCACUGAGCCAGCACAAGUAAUUCCGCCAUUACCAGUGUCACCAUCUUCUUCGCGAAAUGUUCGUCCAGAAGUGGUCGUUGUCGGGUUAGAUGAGGAGAACGGCAACGAGUACUUUUUGGCGGAGCAGCAUGAAGUAUGUCACGAGGAGGUGGUGGCGAGUUCGAGUGGUGGUGGUGUGCGAGGCGUGCGGCUCCCGGCGGCGGGCGGGCGCUGGGCACGAGGCGGCGGCGCCCACACCACCGCGGUUCAACAAUGUGUCACAGACGAUGAUGUGCCUGAGUAUUUGCGCAAUAGGAUUUUGAGAGUGGUGGCUGAUAGGGAAGCUCGAGAGCGGAGGGCCGAAAGGAGAAGGAUGGAAGUAGAUAAUGAUGAUGUGGCGGAUCACAUUGGACAUGCGGCCCUAUUCAAAGGAGAUGCGACUUCUCUUCACUUUGAUUGGCGCCCCAUGGACUCCUUUCAAGGUGAAAGAGAAACGUUUCUUCCGGAAGGAACAGGGCCAACCACGCCGUCCGGAAGUGCGUAUGAGGCAUUCCGCCAAUAUUGGGACGAGAGCAUCAUGUCUCAUAUAGCGACAGAAACAAACCGGUAUGCUGUAGAACUGGCUUGUAUCAAUGAUACUUUUGCACGAAAUUGGUACGAAACAAAUACACAUGGGUAAGGCUCAAAUUUUUAGCGCACUAUCUAAAAAUGCGCUGUCCGAGAAAUUGAAGAGAAGAAAUAAAAUAUCUAAAAUAAUAAAUACUUUGUUUUUAUUAUUAACUCAAAGAAAUUAGCUAUUUACUCAUCGUGUUUGUUUUUUUAAUUAAAUAUUAUUCCAUAAUAUCCCUAUUUUAUAAUUAAAAAUAAAAAUGUUCAUAUUUUCCUUCCAUACAAUUUGUUGAUGUCCGUGUACGUACACUUUUCAAAAACUAUUAGAAAUUUUUGAGAAACCACUGUUUUAUUAGUCUGCAUAUUUUAUGGCCUGCAGAAUAUGAAAGGUUUAAUUUUACUAAAAUAAGCUAAUUAUAUUAUCAACGCGUUUUGAUUAUAUAUUUAUUAAUUUCAAAAUGUCCUAAAUUUCAAUCCAGUGUGACACUUCAGUUGUGCAACGCUGAUUUGGGAUUUAUUUAUAAUCUACAAUGGAAUAUCCAAUAUAUUUAAAGUGGCAACACAGACCCAUGAAAUUCGACUAACUUCUGGAUGCUUCCGCCAUUUCGUUUUUGCGUCAGAUGGACGAACGUGUCGGAACUCGCUACGUGUCAUUAAGAAAUUGUAAGUUUACUUUGCUAUAUUUUCGAAAUUUAAAUGGUUUUCCUGAUUUAAGAUAGUUAAUCAUAUCUAUCAUGUAUUUAAUUGUCAAAAUAUAACAAUUAGAAUGAGCAAUAUAGUAAAUUUCAUGAAUUAUGAUUUUUUUUAGGCUAAGUUGUGUAGAAUAUUUGAUCCAUUGUGCGACGUAUGACACGAAAUUGUGUGACGUGUUGCAAUGGAAAUCAUAAAGCUGUGUACCUAUUAACGUUCUACUCAAUUUAUGAAAUCAUACUAAAGUGCUUGCGUAUUUUUUUUUUCUAUGGUUUGAUAAUGAAUAUUUUUCAGAUGCCUUUGUCCGCGGCUGAAAGGUGCCGAAGGUACCGCGAAAAUCUUAGACAAUCUAAUCCAGAAAAAUAUGAUUUAAUGAAAAAGAAGAAUGCUGAGAGAACAAAGGCUAAAAAAAGAAAAAUAGCGAAUAUGAGUGAAGAUGAAAAAUUGGCGAUGAGAAAGAAAUGGCGGGAUGCUAAACGCAAUAAAAAAGACGAAAAGGUAGAAAAGCUAGUCGUACCCAAUAAUGAUAAUAGGCAACGUCGCAAAUAUCGUAGUAAAUUACUACGUGAAAACAGGAUUUUGAAGGAAAAAAAUAAAAACUUAUGUGUGACAAAUGGCAGUCUUAAGAAAACUAUAUUAAGAUACAGAAAAAAAAUUAAUACUCUCACCAACCAAUUGAAUCAACUUAAAACAGAAAAUACAGUCGAACCUACAAAAUCCCCUACUACCCCUUUAAAAAAAUACAUAGAAGAAGAAAUUCCUGAUAUAUCUGUAGAAUCUAAACAGAAGAUAAGGAAGAAAUUAUUAGAAACUCGUGUUCUGCAAGAGUCUUUAAAAGAAACCUACAAUGAUAGUAAAUCAAACGAAGAAAAAAACGUUUUAAAGAAACUUCUUGUCAGUGAGUCAGUCAAGAAAUAUAAUAUGCAAUUUAAAAUAAGAAAAUAUUUGGGACUGAAGCGAGGUAUACGCCAUUAUUAUUCUAUUAAGCAGAAAAAAAUCAGGACAGCUAAAGAACUUACAAAAUUCUUUGAAAGAGACGACAUUAGUCGUAUGACAGCUGGUAAAAAAGAAUGUGUCACUCGUCAGAAGAUUAAAAAACAGAAACGAUUUUUGCUAAAUACCUUAUCGAACUUGUAUAAGAUAUAUAGAAGUGAAGGUGGAAUUUUGUCUUUUGCUUCUUUCAAGCGCUAUCGUCCGUUUUACGUUGUAUCUCCGCAUGUAAGUAAUCGCAACACGUGUGCUUGUAUCAAGCAUGCUAAUUUAGCUUUCAAAGCUCAAACUCUCAAGAAGUUAGGCUUAAUAUCGUCUGCUGAUCCAAAUGACUUGAUUUCUAAAAUAGUUUGCGAUAUUAAAUCAAAAAGCUGCAUGUAUUCAGAAUGUACAGUGUGCUAUGGAAAAAAACUUAGUUUUGCUUUUGCAACAGAUACUCAAGAAGUAUCCUGGCUUGAAUGGACCACUAAAAAUUAUGAGUAUGGAAAAUCAAAUGCACGCAAAACUACAAAAAAAACUGUAAAAGAAGAAAAAAUAGGUACGUUAAAUACACUUGCUGAUAUGAUUCAAAAAGAUCUUGUGAAAUUUAAAUAUCAUCAUUUUAAUAUUUAUCACCAGCACAAGCAAUACAAAGAAGCCAUAGAAAAUAUAAAGUGCAAUGAAAUCAUCAUACACUGCGAUUUUUCCGAAAAUUACUCGUGUAAGAUGGCUAAAGAAGUGCAGUCUAUGCACUUUGCAGGCUCAAGGCAACAAAUUACUUUGCAUACUGGAGUUGCGUAUGUAAAAAAUGAAAAACCUAUAUCUUUCUGUUCUGUUUCCCCGUCACUUAAGCACGACCCUCAGGCUAUAUGGGGCCAUUUAGAACCUGUAAUAUUUUUUUUUAAAGAAAAGUACCCCGCUAUUAACUGUGUUCAUUUUUAUUCGGACGGACCUACGACACAGUACCGGCAGAAGAAAAAUUUUUGGCUGUUUGGUGAAAAAACGAAGGAAGAUGGAUUUGUUCAAGCAACGUGGUCCUUUUUUGAGGCUUCCCACGGAAAAGGCGCAGCAGAUGGUGUGGGCGGAGCCAUCAAAAGAAUUUUAGAUAGUAGAGUCUCUUAUGGUGAGGACAUAGUUGAUGCUAAAUCUGCAUUUGAUGUUUUGUCGAAAGCUGAUACAACCAUAAAAUUAUUUUACGUUACUGAAGACAGUAUUAAAAAGGUGGAAAAUCCUCAAAAUAUACAACCAGUUCCUAACACUAUGAAAAUCCAUCAGAUAAUUGCUACAGACGAUAAACGUGUUAUCAAGUACAGAUCAUUAAGUUGUUUUUGCGCAAGAGGAGCCUGUGAAUGUUUUUCACCUAAAGUUCAUAAUUUUAAACAAAAACCAAUAAAAGUUUCCUGUAAGAAAAGUGACUCGAGAACUAAAAAAAAGAAGAUAAAGAAGGAGAUAAAUUCAAGUAAAAGAGCUAGGAAGAUAUAUAAGGAAUCAGACACAACUUCUGAAGAUACUGAUACUAGUGAGAUUCAAUACGCCGAUACUGACGAUGAUUACACAAGUUUUGAUGACGAGAUGACUACAGGAGAAAUAGAGACAGAAAUAGUGUAUGAGACAAAUAGAAACAGCAAAGUGAAAGUUUUAUCUGAGGUCCGAUUUACACCUGAAAAUCAAGCUUAUUUUAACUUAAGUAAUUACGGUCCACUAACGCUUACCCCAAUAGACUGUACUAAUUUUAAUUUGUGUUCUCAAAAUGAGAAAGAAAAUAUCACACAUGCUAAUCCGGAUUCAUGUAGUUCAAAAGAUAAAGACACAGAUGUGCCUGAACUAUAUAAAAUAAGUGACAGUAUAUUAGUAAGAUACUACCAAAGAAAGAGCUGGAAGUAUUACGUAGGCUUUAUUGAUAAGAUUGAAAUCAAAGAUGAUGACACUUUUUAUGAAGUUCAUUUUCUAAAGACAAUUAAAGAACAAGAUAGUAAUAUAAAAUUCAUAAAAAUACCGAAAAACAAAGAUUUUGACAUUGUUACCAACGUUUCAAUUGUUAAAAAAGUUAAAUUAACUGCACUUGAGAAAUUAGGAGAGUACAGUUUAACUGAAGAUUGUGACGAAAUAUAUUUUUAAAAUUUAAGAGUAUACAACUCUCAAUAUAUUACAUUUUUCGAUAAUGUUAGUGACAUCUUGUAUUAUCUCAUCUAGACUGUUUUUUAAUAAAUGUUUUUGAAUAUUG